AUGGAUGAAAAUGAUGAUUUAUAUAAGGUAUUAGAUGUUGAUAAGGACGCAAACCCUACGGAAAUUAAGAAAGCAUAUUAUAAACUGGCUCGGCAAUAUCACCCUGAUAAAAAUUUAGACGAUCCUGAAGUAAAUAACAAAAAAUUCCAGGAAAUUUCGAACGCAUAUGAUACAUUAGGGAACUCUGAUAAGAAGGGGUAUUAUGAUUUCCUGUCCAGCCUUCAACUAGACUUGGGUAAUGCAUCUUCAGGACUUAAGGAAUCUAUUGCAGAGGAAAUGAAAAACUGUCAGCGCUACACAGAAAGCCCUGUUGAUGAAGACUAUUUUACUCAGUUUGAGAUUUCGGUUAAGCGGCAGAGAAGGCGUAAGCGGGAUGUUGGCAGUAAAAAUAAACAAGAGGGUGAAGAGAAAGAUAAAAUCACCCUCGAGGAAAAGUUUAAGCGAGUGGCCUGGGAAUGGAUGUUUCUGGAAGAGAACCCAUCACCUCAGAGAAAAAAGCGUGUUAGAAAAAAGCAAACGGACAGGGAAGCGGGAGAUUCAAGAGAUGGGUCGACGAAAUAG